AUGGCUGAUAGAGUGCAUCAUUAUAUGAUGGAGCUGGAUCUUUAUUUGAUUGAUAACUGUAUGGCAAUGGCUUCUCAGCUAGGUCAUAUUAUGAGGGAUUGUCCAUUCAGGGGUAAUCUAAGUGGUGUAGCUCAGCCUACUAGGUCAGUUGUUGGUUCAUCUUCUUCUGUAGCUAUGCACCCUAUGGGGCAGGGUAUCUUGACAUCAACAGGUCGUGGAAGAGGCCACGGCAGAGUUUCUAGUUCUAGUAGUCCUUCGAACCACAUAUAUGCAUUAGCUAAACUAUUUGAGGUAGCUACACCAGUAGAAGAUUCUGUUAUAGCCAAGCAAGUAUAUAAAGAUUGUUUGAGAAAAAGUAGUUCGAUUUUAAUUUCCAAGAGAGCCAAUCAUAGAAUGGAUGGGCAAUAUAGCAUUGCCAAGGGGCAUAUUAUUGGAGAUGAUGGUAUUCGAGUAGAUGCACAGAAAAUUGAAGUCGUAAAGAUGUGGCCUAGACCUACGACACCUACUGAGGUACGUAGUUUUCUGGGGCUAGCAGGAUAUAACAGGAGAUUCAUAGAGAAGUUUGCUUCGAUUUUAGCGCCUUUAACAAGGCUAACUCAGAAGGAAGCUAAGUUUCAGUGGACCGAUGCUUAUGAAAGAAGCUUUUAA